AGAGGCCGCGAGUACGUGUGUAAACAAAAUAUGGCAGCGCAAGUUUGAAGUUGUCGCGACCGUUCGAACCGCUUCUUCGCGGCACUAUUCAACAAUUUCGAGACAUGUUCGAUGAUCGCGCCGAGCACGAGGCUUCCAGCACGUCAGCAAAAUGCGUGGAAGACAUCUCCUGCUGCAUUGUGCGAGAAUACCUGUCCAGAAAGGGCCUCAGAAACACGCUGUCCAAAAUGGACCAGGAAUUGCCGAGGGGCGAAGGCUGCUUCUCUGCGAGAGAUCAGCUAAUCAGAGCGGCCUUCAUGGAGCGUCUAGUCCGGGAUAACAAGGCAAGGGACUCGCCCUUCCGUGCACUGCUCGAGAUGCUCGUCUGCGAGAGGCUGCAGAAGAAAGGCGUUAAGCCCAAGCGGGCGCAGACCGCCACCCAAGAGCGGAACGGGGCCACCAGCCCCACACGUGCAGAGGUGAACAAUAACACCGCAUCGUCAAACUACCUGUCCCUGCCACCCAAACGGGAUGUCUACCAGUCAGAGAGCAGCAGCUCCUUGGACUCCCUGGAUGCCACGCUCCCGCCCAACAGGACCCCCGCCGACACCGACCGUCCGCAGUCUGCGAGGGGGAGGCGGCAGCCAGGGGGCUUUGUCAUCCGCCGACCGUCCAGAAGCGACAUCGAGUCUGUCCACAAGCUCAUCUCCAAAUCGCAGCAGUACCGCGAGCCGCACCGCAACGCCAGUGCAGCCAUGCAGCGGAUGGAGGAGGCCCUCAAGGGUGACCGGUUCCACGAUGGCGAGGGAGACAAGUUGGAUGUGGACAAGAUGCUUGGGAAGUAUGCCAGCUCCGUCGUCAUGCCGGGAGGGCCGCAGCUCCUGGCCAGGUCCUCUCUGCACAACAGCCUGUCGGCGAGGAACGGCGAACGUGGAAGGACUGCCCUCAGGCCUGACAGCGUCUCUGCUGGCAAACCUCCUCCGCUGCAUGUGCCCCGAGUCGCGGCGUUUCCCAGUCUGAAGCAGGAGCCUUGGACGGGUUCGGAGGACGAUCCGUUGGGAGAGAAGCUGCGCGGCAGUCAGGUUAAAGGCUCGCCAACGUUGUCGAGGAAGACUUUUCUCUUGAGAAGUCAGAGUGCUCCUCGGUUAGAUUCCAAUCGGAGGAUACUGAGAACUGCCGGACCCGAACCCUGCUCCGAAGAAGGCCCUGGUCACGGUGAAGUGGAGUCUGCAGCGCUGAGGUUCAAAGCAGGGACAGACGACAUUGAGAUCAGCGAUGUCACCGAUCAGGAGACCUGCAUAGACCGUUUCGUUGUUUCCCACAAGCUGGUCAACUUCCGGCCAAUCACCGUCGAGGAAGCGACUGAACUGAAGCAGCUCCUCUUCGGGUCACCAGAUGGGAAAUUUGGUGAAGAAUGGGCCUCACAGGGUUUCACUUUCACAAAGUCAAAUGCUGUUCCAUAUGGCCUUCUGCAGAAAAAGGGAGGACCGUGUGGAGUUCUGGCAGCGGUGCAAGCAUACAUGUUGAAAGAACUUCUGUGGCCGGGCACGAGCGAACACAAGGAUAAUAACAGCUUUGAGGUGGACGUCCCCAGAAGGAACGCUGCGCUUGCGAGGGCUCUGGCAUAUAUUUUGUGGCAAGCUGGAGACUUCGAGAAGGCUGUGGUGGUCAACCCGUCUGGUGUGAGGGUACUAAGUGUAGCGGGGCCACUGACGGCCGAUGGAAUCACCGAAACCUUAACCGUGUCUACAUUUACGUCGAAGACGGCUCUUCAAGAUUUUUACAGUUCGUGCGUCUUCAAACUUCAGGAGGAGAAUUGCUCGAGCUGCGUUUCUUUUCUGAUAUCUGUUGUGAUCACCCACGGGUUUGAGAGGAUAAGAGGUGAAAUGGACGAACAAAACAGCUGUCUCAUCGGAAAGCAUAGUCACUGCAAUCAGGAGGUGGUGAACCUGCUGCUUGUUGGCCGGGCCGUAACCAACGUCUUCAACGAUGAAGUGUCCCUCGGAAAAGAGGAGAAGACUGUGCUCAGGGGCAUCACCUCGGUCUCAAACAUUGGCCUGCUCUCGCUUUACGAGCACUACAACUCCUGCCAGGUUGGCUCCUACUACAAGGACCCCAGGUUCCCCAUCUGGAUUGUGCUGAGCGAGAGCCACUUCUCGGUGCUCUUCUCCAAGUGCCGCCUGGCGCUGGACCCCGGAGAGCGGCAGUUUGAGCUCUACUACUACGACGGCCUCAACAAGCAGGACGACGAAAUUAGGCUGACCGUCGAUCCAAAUGCUGGUGUGACGGACGACAACAUUGUGAUGACGCCACCCUUGGAGUUGUGCAUCAGGACGAGAUGGAAAGGUGCUUCUGUCUCCUGGAACAAUGUAGAACCCUUGCUGUGAUAAUGCUUGGCAACUAAUCAACCUACCCACCAUAAAUCUCUAGUCCAAGAAAAUUUUUUUUUAAAAGAGGCUGCCUAGUGAACUUGCUGUACAUAUAUGUUUUAAUCUCCAGGUUCCUAGUUGCCACAGACCUUCUAGUGCUUUAAUAAAUUUGUUAAUUUGCACUACAUAGGAGAGGUUUACAAAUCAUUUUUAUCCUGCAUAUUCUUAUUUACAAUGUUCUUCACACAUUGUUUUGCUCACUAUUGAUACUUGGUGGUUCGUGUGCCGUCAGAUAGUCAUAUCUACUGUGUAUGGGGCAUCUGGUACUAGCAUGUAUUGGAUCAAAGCACUCCAAGCACUGGUAUUCAAUUUGAAAAUUUUGAUCAGGAUCUGGGCAUUGUUUAGAGUUGUGUGCCAUUUGAAAGCAAUAUUUUUGUUUACACAACAUUUGUAGGUGACAGCUCUGCUCAGUGUGUUUAUUUAAUACCAUCAUUCUUGUCAAUAAAACAAAUGAAAUCAA